AUGGGCGGCGGCGACGGGGCCGCAUUUAAGCGGCCGGGGGACGGCGCCCGCCUCCAGCGCGUCCUCGGGCUUGGCUCCCGCCGGGCGCCCCGCUCUCUGCCCGCCGGGGGCCCCGCGCCGCGCCGCACCGCGCCGCCCCCGCCGGGCCAUGCGAGCGCGGGCCCCGCCGCGAUGAGCUCGCACAUCGCCAAAAGCGAGUCCAAGACGUCGCUGCUGAAGGCGGCUGCGGCGAGCGGGGGCAGCCGGGUUCCCCGCCACGGCCCUGCCCGGGAGCCAGGGCUGCCUGGCCGCCGGCUGCCCGGCGCCGGCCCCGGCACGCCGCCGCCGUCCGGGGACCCCAGUUCGCGGAGGCCCCUGUGCCGGCCGGUGCCGCGAGAGGAGGGCGCGCAGGGGAGCAGGCGCGGGCUCCCCCAGGCGCACUGUAGGCCCCGGGAGGCUCUGCCGGCCGCGGCGUCCCGACCUUCGCCGCCGUCGCCGCUGCCGCCGGCCCGCGGGCGGGAUGGGGAGGAACGGGGGCUGUCCCCGGCGCUCGGCCUCCGGGGCUCGCUGCGAGCCCCGGGUCGUGGGGACUCCGCUCCAGCCGCCGCGUCCGAGGCAGACCCGUUCCUCCACCAGCUGCGCCCCAUGCUCAGCUCCGCCUUCGGCCAGGACAGAUCGCUGCGGCCAGAGGAGAUUGAAGAGCUCCGAGAGGCCUUCCGAGAAUUUGACAAGGACAAGGAUGGCUACAUCAACUGUCGGGACCUGGGCAACUGCAUGCGUACCAUGGGCUACAUGCCCACCGAGAUGGAGCUCAUUGAGCUGUCCCAGCAGAUCAACAUGAACCUGGGUGGCCAUGUGGAUUUUGAUGACUUCGUAGAGCUAAUGGGACCUAAACUCCUGGCAGAAACAGCAGAUAUGAUCGGAGUGAAGGAACUGCGAGAUGCUUUCCGAGAGUUUGACACCAAUGGUGAUGGGGAGAUAAGCACCAGUGAGCUACGAGAGGCCAUGAGGAAACUCCUGGGUCAUCAGGUGGGACACCGAGACAUAGAGGAAAUUAUCCGAGAUGUGGACCUCAAUGGGGAUGGACGAGUAGACUUUGAAGAGUUUGUCCGGAUGAUGUCCCGCUGA